CGAUGGACUCCCGGAUUCUCCUCAGUUGGUCCACAGAGGCAGACUUGGGGAACACCAGGUGAGUUUCAGCCUGAGGAGAGAGGGAGACAUCCAGAUAAAAAUACAUCCCAAAAGACAUGCAUCUAGGCUUCUGGCAUGUUCACUUAUGUUGAACUUUUCAAAGGUAGUCAUGCAUACAUCUUUCUUGACAUUUCAAUGACAUUCAAUCAGUGUGUUUUUAGAAUAAGGAUGACGACAACAGUAGCCUACCUCCUCAAAGCCCAUCUCAAAGAGGCACUCCACUGCCCCUCUGAUAGGCAGGAGUUUGGUGGAAAAUGUAGGGUUCCCUAUUCGAAUAGACCUGUAUUUGCCUUCAUUGGGAUUCCUGUAAGGACAUUCACAAAUAUCUUAGGUAGUGAAUAUGCAUUGGAUGCCUUGCAAAAGUAUUCAGACUCCUUGGAUUUCUUAACUUUUAUUGUGUUGCAAAGUGGGUUUAAAAUAGAUUUAAUUGUCAUUUAAAUACAAAAUUAAUAAUUAAAAUAAUCGUUGCAUAAGUAUUCAUCCCUUUUGUUUAGGCAAGCCUAAAUUAGUUAAGGAAUACAAUUUGGCUUAACAAAUCACAUAAUAAAUUACAUGGACUACAACAGUGUGAAAUAAUACAGGCUGACAUUAUUUUUGAAUGACUAACCCUUCCUCUGUCCCCCAUACAUACAACAUCUGUAAGGUCCCUCAGUCAAGUAUUGAAUUUCAAGCACAGAUUUAACUACAAAGACCAAGGAGCUUUUCGAAAGCCUCGUAAAAGAAGGGCAGUGAUUGGUAGAUGGGUAACAAUAACAAAUCAGACAUUGAAUCUCUCUUUAAGCAUGGUCAAGUUAAUAAUUACGCAUUGGAUUAUGUAUUAAACCACCCAGACACAAAGAUAGUAGUCCUUCUGAACUGAGCUGCAGGACAGGAAUGAAACUGCUCAGCGAUGUUACCAUGAGGCCAUUCUUGAGGAUGGAACAACAACAUUGUAGUGUCUCUCAAUAAUGACCUAAAUGACAGUGUGAAAAAAAUAUAUAUAUACAAAAAUAUUCCUAAACAUGCAUCUUGUAUGCAACAAGGCACUAAAGUAAUACUGAGAGGGAGAAAAAACACAGCAAAGGAAUACACUAUUUGGCCUAAAUGCAAAGCCUUAUAUUUGGGGCAAAUCCAACAAAUCAUUGAGUAACUGCCUCCUUAUUUUCAUGCAUGGUGGUGGCUGCAUCAUGGUAUGGGUAUGCUUGACAUCGGCAAAUACUGGGGAGUUUUUCAGGAUAAAAAGAAAAGGGAUGGAUCUAGCCACAGGCAUAAUGCUAGAGGAAAACCUGCUUCAGUCAGUCUGCUUUACACCAGACACUGGCAGAGGAAUUCACCUUUCAGCAGGACAAUAACCUACAAUACAAGGCCAAAUCUACACUGGAGUUGCUUACCAAGAAGACAGUGAAUGUUCCGGAGUGGCCAAGUUACAGUUUUGACAUAAAUUGGCUUUAAAAUCUAUGGCAACACAUGACAAUUGCUGUCUAGCCAUGAUUCCCCAACAGCUUGACAGAGGUGAAGAAUUUUGAAAAGAAUAAAUGGGCAAAUAUUGCACAAUCCAGGUGUGCAAAGCGAUUAGAGAUUUACCCAAAAAGGACUCAGACAACUCCCAUAAUUUUAAAGCUGCAAUAUGUAACUUUUUGGAGGACGACCAAAUUUACAUAGAAAUGUGAGUUAUAGAUCUGUCACUCAUUGAAAGCAACUCUAAGAAGCCCUAUUUCUAUGCUUCCCGUGCUUAAAUGUAAUUUUUGCGUGUUACUUUCGGUUUUGUACACUAGCUUAAAUAAAGCAGAAAAUACAAUAUUUUUUGGUUAUUGCAAAGAUAUUUCACAGCGGCUUAGAUGGUACAAUGAUUAUCUACACUAUACAUUGUUGUCACAAACUGAAAUUAGGCGAACUAUUACAAUUUUAGCAACAAGGAAAUGGCAGAGCGACUUCUGCAUUUUGCAGCUAACUUACCCAAGAAGACAGCUGUAAUCGAUGCCAAAGGAUUCUAACAUGUAUUCACUCAGGGAGCUGAAUACUAGUACAACGACUAUAUUUUUGUUAUUAGAUUUUUAUUCACCCCCCCCCCCACCCCACCCCCCCCCCAAAAAAAAAAAUGUAGAUUUUUUAUCCACUUAGACACGAGUAUUGUGUAGAUUGUUGACAAAUCAUAUUGCAAUUUUUAUUCCACUUUAUAAGAAUAAAAUGUGAUAUAAUCCAACAGGCAAGGGGUCUGAAUACUGUUGCAAGGCACUGUAUGUUAUGUCGGUAUGUGAAGAUCUGGCAGGUAUUUUGAGUUCCUUGUAGCAAUUUUCAUACGUUUCUCAGCAGCUGCAUGAGAGAAAGUUGAGCUAGAGAUAAGUAGCUACAUUUGUUCCAAUCGUUUCCAAGAGGCAAAUAAAUGUCAUUACGAUGUAACAAGCGCUCGCGCCUCAAGCGGAUGAUAGCUUUGCGCGUGACGGUUUCAGUAGUUUGUAGUCGCCUCGUAUUUCCAUUUUCUUUUCAACAAGAUGACACUGCAUAAUGUCUAGCUAUGAGCUAAAUAAUCUAGAUGGUUAGUAAGGAGGCUAGCAUUAUAAGCUAACCAGCAAAGUUAGCUAGGCUAUGUUUUUCACUUACAUUCAAGCACACUGACAUUAUUACCUAAGAAUGUUGUCGGCAUAGGUGAUCAACAAUUUCGCGACGUCUAGAAACACUUCAUUCGAAUUUUCGCAUAAUGUUGAGAAUCCUUGAGACGCAGCCAUGUUUUCUCUGCUACAACCUCCUUCCCUGGACGUAUUUUACUCACUGAGGUAGGUAGCGAUGAUUUCACUGCUGCUAGCAACCUUAAGUAAAUAAUCAAAAUAGCUGCCACUGCAAUGCCUGAACAAAUCACAACUAUUCAAAUAACAACUAUUCAAAAAUCGAUGUAAAAUAUGGUAAUGUUAUCCAUAAAGCAAUAUUUCCUAAAUGUAUGCAUUAAUUUACAUUGUUCUGUUGUAUAAAAAUUUUAAUCUACACUUCUAUGUUCAAUGUAUGGUAUCAGGCAAUACGACAGUAUCCCCGUUGAAUGAACUCAGUUGCUUGGAUGCCAGUGUGUUAGCGAGACUCAUUUGACAUUUAGAGAGGAUUUCAGAGGUAUAAUGACAUAAUCUAUCAUCGCUUUCACGUGGUAAGUGGCAAAUAGAUGAUUAAGGGAGGUUUAUUUCGUAGUUGGACAAAUUAGAACGCUAGUAGCCUGUCGUGUUGGUGAGGGAUCAGUCAUUGACAGCCUGGAUCCAGGGACACAGAUAGAGCAGUAGCCUAUAAUUUUGCAAGGAUAAGGAUAUGAUAGCAUUUGCACUACCUACAUACCAUACUGUAUUGACGUGAUAGGUAUGAGUCAAGAAUGAGUUAUGCUGCUAAACUGUUAAUUAUUGUUUUUUCUCUACACCACAGGAUCCACAGAGAUAGCAGAGAAACAAAUCAACAUCAUGUCUUCAUUGUGUUGGCCAAAGCUGCUGUUGUACGUUGCAUCACAUCGCACCACCAGAACACUUCUCAACAAGAGCACUUGUAUGUGUUCAACAUGUCCAAAUCUGAGACACUACACCUGUGGAAAGAGUCCGCCCAGGAGGAGAGUAGCAAUCACUGGAAUAGGACUUGUCUCUCCUCUCGGCACAGGGACUACUCUACCCUGGAAGCAGCUGAUUAGCGGUGCCAGUGGGAUCGUCGCCCUUGACUCUGAGACGUAUAAGACAGUCCCCUGUAAAGUGGCAGCCCUGGUGCCCCGAGGGGACGGAGAGGGCCAGUUCAAGGACGAGAGAUUCGCCACGCGCGGGGAGAUCAACAGUAUGUCACCAGCCACUGUCAUGGCUCUCGGUGCCGCCCAGCUGGCACUGGAGGAUUCUGGGUGGUAUCCCAGCAGGCCUGAGGAGCAACUGACCACAGGGGUGUCAGUGGGGAUGGGCAUGGUUUCGCUGGACGAGAUCGCCAAGACGUCGGCCAUCUUCCAGGCGAAAGGUUACAGUAAGGUCAGUUAUGGGGUCCGCUGUAGCCAGCAGGCGCUGAAGUGUGCUGUGCUGCUUCCAACUUCUCAGGUGUGUGUGUGUGUGUGUUUGUGGCAGGCUUAGUAGGUAGGAGUGUGUCCUAUUUGCAGAGAAGGGUUGAGAAUGUGGGAUUAAAUAACAACAGACUGCAAAUAAAACACCAAUUUCCAUUUUGAUGGAUGGAUUUAAUAAAAGUUGUAUUGUAUUUGUAUUCUAGGUCAGCCCCUUCUUUGUGCCUCGUAUCCUGGUCAACAUGGCUGCCGGUCACAUCAGCAUCAAGCACAAACUAAAAGGCCCCAACCACGCUGUGUCCACCGCCUGCACCACUGGAGCCCAUGCCCUCGGUGACGCAGCCAGGUUCAUCGUCCACGGAGACGCUGUCGCCAUGGUAGCGGGUGGGACAGAAGCCUGUGUGGGACCUCUGUCAAUCGCGGGGUUCGCAAGGGCGAGGUAAAUCUUGAAAAUCCCAGGAUAUUUUUGUUGUUGUUUGUUUGUGUUAUUGUUGUUGUUAGUAUACAUCUAGUCUGUCCUUUUAUAAAUGUGUACAUAUGUAUUAAGAUAUGCCUAUGCCAUUUGUAUGUUCAUGGAUUUCAGUUUGUACUGACUGCUAUGUCGGUGUAAUUCAACUUUAACUUUUAUUUGAAGGGCUCUGAGUACCCACUGGAAUGACCAGCCCAGGCUGGCAUCACGGCCCUUCCACCCAGAGAGGGAUGGGUUUGUGAUGGGUGAAGGGGCUGCGGUGGUGCUCCUGGAGGAGUGGGAGCAUGCUGUGGGGAGGCGGGCCAGGGUGUAUGCUGAGGUGCUGGGGUACGGACUGUCAGGGGACGCCAGCCACAUCACAGCCCCCGCUGCUGAUGGAGACGGAGCCUUCAGGUAAAAGUCAUGGAUGGGGUUUAUAGCACUCUUUCACCAGGUGCUUACUAUUUGUGUUAGGAGUUAAGGAACCAUUGAGAUGUACUGUAGCCAGUACCAUUAUCAAUAUCUAUCAACAUGACCAUGAAAAAAAUAUGUAAAAAAUCUUAGGCCUAUUUCAAAACAAUUCAGAAAUGUUAAAUGAAAUGGUGAACAAAUUUGAAGUGAUUACAUUUUUACAGUCCAUUUUAAUUAUCCUGUUCUUCUUCCAGGUGCAUGUCUGCAGCGCUCCGAGACGCAGGUGUGGAACCAGCCCAUGUGACGUACGUGAACGCACAUGCCACCUCUACACCACUAGGUGACGCUGCAGAGAACGCUGCCAUCAAGAGACUGUUCCAGCAGCACGCCGCCGCCCUGGCUGUCUCCUCCACUAAGGGGGCCACGGGGCAUCUCCUGGGGGCUGCUGGGGCCCUAGAGGCAGCCUUCACUGCCCUGGCCUGCUACCACAGCACUUUGCCACCCACCCUCAACCUGGACCGCACCGAGCCAGAGUUUGACCUGAACUAUGUGCCCUGCACGGCACAGCAGUGGAAGACAGAGGGCAGACGGGUAGCUCUCACAAACUCUUUUGGGUUUGGGGGGACUAAUGUGUCGCUGUGUCUCGCCAGUGUCUGAAAAGCUUGUCUGAAGGAUUCAAUUCUUACUUGUUUUGUAUGGGAUUCCUAGUAUUUCAGUUUCAAAAUAUUCUCAAUAUUAUAUUGGGACAUGUAACAGGGUAAAUAAUUUGCAUGAAAUGAUGAUCGAUGUUUGCAUUUUGUUCAUUA